AUGGCCGCGGGCCUCAAAACCAUCAUCUCUCUCUCCUUUGUACGCCUCUCCCCCUCACAUCCCCCUCCUCUAAUCCCCCCGCUAACAAUACCUCCCGCCCCGGUCAAAAAGGUCUUAGCGAUUGGCUUCCUCCUCGUUAUCCUCUCCUGCGCCCUCUUCCACCAAUACCUGCCGCUGCUGGUCGUGGCCACGUACGUGCUGGCGCCGCUGCCGAACUGGGUCUGCGGGCGCUGCGCCAACCCGGAUGAUUUUGUCGAGAGCAGUGCCGGUAGCGCCAUUGUGGAUUUCGGGAGGUUCUGUACGGGAUUUCUGUGCUUGAUGGGGGUCGCCCUCCCAAUUCUCCUCGCUCACUCAGGAAUUAUCCUCUGGGCCGCGGCUAUCAUGUCUAUCAUUGGUGGCGUGCUGAUCUACGGCACCAUUAUCGCCUUCGGCAUGUUCUUUGAGGAGGAGAGUGAGUUCUAG